AUGUCUCGUCAAUCUGUCUGCAGGAGCUUUGGAAUUGGGAGCAAAAGGGGAUUCAGCUCCUGCUCUGCUGUUGGUGGUGGCUUUGGAGGCAGUGGCCGGAGCAGGAUCAGCUACAGCUCGUUCUCCACAUCCAGAGGGAUUGGAGGUGGCAGUGGACGCUGUGGAGGAUUCAGCAGCCGGAGUCUCCAUAACAUGGGGGGAAACACAAGGAUUUCCAUGGGCAGCUCUUAUGGCAGUGGCUACGGAUGUAGAAUUGGUGGCUUUGGUGGAGGAUUUCCAGGAGGAUUUGGUGUCAUUGGAGGAGGUGUCAUUGGUGGAGGAAUGGGUGGCUUUUGUGGACCUGUCAGAGGUAGCCCUGGGUUCCCUGGAGGCAUCCAACCAGUGCAGGUGGACCCAACCCUCCUGCGGCCAGUCCAUGUUGACAUUGACCCUCAGAUCCAGCAAGUGAAGUGCCAGGAGAAGGAGCAGAUCAAGACUCUGAACAACCAGUUUGCCUCCUUCAUUGACAAGGUCCGAUUCCUGGAGCAGCAGAACAAGGUGCUCUCCACCAAGUGGGAGCUGCUCCAGCAGCAAGGGCCAUCAGGGCCCAGGAAGAACCUGGAUGUGAUCUUUGAGAAUUACAUUCAGAACCUGCGGAGGAGGCUGGAGUCUCUGUUGGGACAGCGGGGGCAGCUGGAGUCAGAGCUGCAGAACAUGCGGCAGUACGUGGAGGAGUUCAAAACCAAGUAUGAGGAGGAGAUCAACCGUCGCACAGCGGCUGAGAACGAGUUUGUGGUGCUGAAGAAGGAUGUGGACUGUGCCUACAUGACCAAAGUCGAGCUGGAAGCCAAGGUGGGAGCUCUGACAGAUGAAAUCAACUUCCUGAGGUGCAUCUAUGAGGAGGAACUGUCUCAGAUGCAGACGAUCAGUCGGGAUCUGUCCGUGGUGGUGUCCAUGGACAACAACCGGCACCUGGACCUGGACAGUAUCAUCGAGGAGGUCCGGCGCCACUAUGAGCAGAUCGCUCAGAAUAGCCGGGCCGAGGCCGAGGCUUGGUACCAGAGCAGGUACGAGGAGCUCCAAAACACAGCUGGCCGGCACGGAGACAACCUCCGCAACACCAAGAUUGAGAUCCAGGAGUUGUCCAGGAAUGUCCAGAGGCUGCGGACAGAGAUUGAGAAUGUGAAGAAGCAGAACCAUCAUCUGCAGUCAGCCAUCGCUGAGGCUGAGGAGAGGGGGGAGAUGGCCAUCAAGGAUGCCCGGAGGAAGCUGGAAGAGCUGGAAUGUGCCCUGAACAAGGACAAGGAGGAGCUGGCUCGCCUGCUGAAGGAGUACCAGGAACUGCUGAACAUCAAGAUUGCGCUGGAUGUUGAGAUUGCCAUGUACAGGAAGUUGCUGGAGGGGGAGGAGAACCGGCUCUGCUUAGAAAACCCCUCCAAUGUGAAUGUCUCUGUGGUGGGCAGAACUACCAUGUGUGGAGGCAGAUCCAGCAGCUUUGGAGCCAGCAAUGGCCUGGGUGGAGGAGGAGUGUGCACGGUUGGCGGUGGGAGUGUCACUGGCGGCACCUGUGGUGUGGGAGGAGGGAUCCUCAGUGGUGGCUUCUCCUCUGGGAGUGGGAGGAUGUGUAGCACUGCAGGUGGCAACUUCAUGGCCGGGGGGAGCUCCUCCUCAGUGCGGAGAUGUGUCACCACCACAACGGUCAAAUCCUCUGGGGUCAAAUACUGA